UAAUACGGUGAAAAUUGCAGCAGGUUUAGCAGUGGGGGCAGUGGUUUUAAUAAUCAUAUUAAUCAUCAUUUGUGUCAGACGUUCCAACAAGAAGAAGCGGAAGGAGCAGUUUUAUGGAGAUUCCAUUAAAGGUGGGCAAUACUAUAUCGAUAAUUCUUUCAGGAAUCCUACCUGGCAAAAUAAUCAUCAAGGAUCAGUGAAGCAAUCCCCAGGUGGAUGGGUUCCCUCGCCUAAAACCCCAUCAAUGAUGGCUAUCAAUGAAGAUAGUUCGAUAUUCUUAGAUCCACCUCGCCUUCCAAUGCCACCCCCAUCACCAAGUUUUAAUCUAGGUUUCAACAAGAGCACCUUUACUUACGAGGAACUAGCAGUUGCCACAGGAGGUUUUGCUGAGGCCAAUCUUUUGGGUCAAGGCGGGUUUGGAUAUGUGCAUAAGGGUGUGUUGCCAAAUGGGAAAGAAGUAGCUGUAAAGAGUUUAAAGUCAGGUAGUGGACAAGGAGAAAGAGAGUUCCAGGCAGAAGUUGAAAUUAUUAUUCGAGUUCAUCAUCGGUAUCUUGUAUCACUGGUUGGAUACUGUAAUGCCGAUGGACAACGGAUGUUGGUUUAUGAAUUUAUUCCUAAUAAAACUCUGGAAUAUCAUCUUCAUGGAAAGGGUCUUCCUGUCAUGGAUUUUCCUACUAGGCUUCGGAUAGCAUUAGAUUCUGCUAAAGGACUUGCUUAUAUUCAUGAAGAUUGUCAUCCUCGGAUUAUCCAUCGCGAUAUCAAAGCUUCUAAUAUUCUCCUUGACUUCAAUUUUGAUGCAAAGGUGGCUGAUUUCGGGUUGGCUAAGCUAUCUUCUGACAAUUACACUCAUGUUUCUACACGAGUCAUGGGGACAUUUGGGUAUUUGGCUCCGGAAUAUGCAUCAAGUGGAAAACUAACAGAAAAGUCAGAUGUUUUCUCGUUCGGGGUGAUGCUAUUAGAACUAAUUACUGGAAAACCGCCUGUGGAUGUUAGUGAUACAGAGGAUGAUAGUUUAGUGGAUUGGGCUCGACCUCUCCUGACUCAAGCAUUGGAGGAUGGGAAAUUCGACGAGCUUGCAGAUCCACGUUUGCAGGGAAACUACAACCAGCAGGACAUGGCAAGAAUGGUAGCCUGUGCAGCUGCCAGCAUUCGCCAUUCUGCUCGAAAACGCCCUAAAAUGAGCCAGAUAGUAAGAGCACUAGAGGGAGAUGUGUCGCUAGAGGACCUAAAUGAGGGUGUUAAGCCUGGACACAGCUCCAUCUAUAGCUUAGGUGGGAGUUUUGAUUGUACACAAAGCACAUACGAUGCAGACAUGAAGAAGUUUAGACAGAUAGCAUUGACAAGCACAGAAUUUGCAAGCAGUGAGUGUGGAACUUCAAGUACAGACUCUAGAGAGAUGACCCCUUCAAGGCAGCCAAAACCCAAGUAAUAUUUUUGCUUUAACGAGUUGGCCCUUUUAGUGUUGGAAAGGCACAUACCUCGAUUUCCUUACAACCCGACUGCAUUGCGAGAAUAUAUUUUUUUUGGUUGCAAAAACUAAUAAGUUAAUAUAGUAUCCUUUUCAUUAUUAUUGGAAAAGAAAACUGAAACAAUCAGUAUAUGCCAGUUGUACAAAAUAAUUAAUUUUGCAGCUUUACAAUCCUCUCGUCCUAUUAUUAGAGUC